AUGGCAUCUACUACUCGAACCUUCGCUAGGGCAGGCGCUGCAUUCAAGUCAACACCUUUCAGAUCCGCCACUCGUACCAAUGCAUUCAGUGCUCCUCGUCAAGCAUUCCGUCAACAAUCCCGUCGUGGAUAUGCUUCUCAAGGACCUGCCAAAUCUUCCUUCCCUCUCUCCGUUGGGGUUGCUGCUUUGGCCAUUGCUGGAGGUGCUGGAUACUACUUUGUAUCUCAAGGAAAUGGAUCACUCUUGAGUGGUUCUGCUAAAGAAACUGCCGGUCUCAUCACUCCUAAGUUUGAAGAUUAUCAAAAGGUUUAUAAUGAGAUUGCCGCGAGAUUGGAGGAGAAAGAUGAUUAUGAUGAUGGUUCUUAUGGACCUGUCUUAGUCAGAUUAGCGUGGCAUGCAAGUGGAACUUUCGAUAAGGCAACUGGUACUGGUGGUAGCAAUGGUGCGACUAUGAGAUUUGCCCCUGAGGGUGAUCAUGGUGCCAAUGCUGGUUUGGUUGCUGCCAGAGACUUCUUGCAACCUGUUAAGGCAAAGUUCCCAUGGAUCUCCUACUCUGACCUCUGGAUCCUGGCUGGUAUUUGCGCUAUCCAGGAAAUGCAAGGUCCAACCAUUCCUUUCCGACCAGGUAGACAAGAUAAGGAAGCUGCAGCUUGCACACCUGAUGGACGUCUCCCAGAUGCUUCUCAAGGUAACAAACAUUUGAGAGAUAUCUUUGGUCGUAUGGGAUUCAAUGAUCAAGAAAUCGUUGCUUUGAGUGGUGCUCAUGCUCUUGGUCGUUGCCACACUGAUCGUAGUGGUUUUGAGGGUCCUUGGACUUUCUCCCCAACUGUUGUCACCAAUGAGUACUACAAGCUUUUGUUGAAUGAGAAGUGGAACUGGAAGAAGUGGAAUGGUCCUAAGCAGUACGAAGACAAGACUACCAAAACCCUUAUGAUGCUUCCAACUGACAUGGCUCUCGUCUCGGAUAAAACUUUCCGUUCAUACGUCGAGAAAUACGCUGCAGAUGAAUCUCUCUUCAUGAAAGAUUUCGCAAAUGUUAUCACCAAGCUCUUUGAACUCGGUGUUCCUUUCGCAGAGACCACAGAACAAGGUCCUAUGAAAUUCAAGCCUACUGCCUAG